UCACUCAUUUGGGCAGUCACGGGGCCAAAACCAGUGUUUGGAGCCACAGUGUGGCGGUGGAGGCAGCAGCAAUGGGAGGCCAUACAGCAACCUAUGACAAAAUGGAAACCAGCAGGAGCGUGAGGAGACCUGAAAGUGGCACAUGGCAGAGUGGGAGCAAUGGGAGGCGGUACAGGGACCCAGGUCACACUGUGGGCCCAGCAGCAGCGUGACCAGGCGGUACGGGGGCCCAUGGCCGAUAUGGGGCUUGUGGCACCUAUGGAAGGCCUGUAAUCUGCCAGCAACCUAUGACAAAAUGGACAACCGCAGGAGUGUGAGGAGAUUUCAAAGUGGCACAUGGCAGAGUGGAAGCAAUGGGAGGCCGUACAGGGACCCAGGUCACACUGUGGGACCAGCA